GGGGGGAGUGCAGGCGACACAGCUCUUUGGGGCCGCGGUCCUUGGCUCCACUUCCAGCUGCUCCAGGUCCUGCGCGCUGCCCCCUGGACUCUGAAGAAUGCCUGCUCUUCACAUCGAAGACUUGCCAGAGAAGGAAAAGCUGAAGAUGGAAGUUGAGCAACUUCGCAAAGAAGUGAAGUUGCAGAGGCAGCAGGUGUCUAAAUGUUCUGAAGAAAUAAAGAACUACAUUGAAGAGCGUUCUGGGGAAGAUCCAUUGGUUAAAGGAAUUCCUGAAGACAAGAAUCCUUUUAAAGAAAAAGGCAGCUGCAUUAUUUCAUAAACAACUCUGGAGAGAAACCUCAUCUUCAGUGGAAGAACUAGUUUGUUUUCAUUUCCCAAGUAAAAUGGACAUGCCUUUUAAAGAGAAAUGCAAACGUAAAAGAUACUUUCUUAAGCACUAACAUAGUGUUCUGUUUAAAAACUGUGUGCUUCUCAUCUUUGUUAGUUACAUACCUAUUUUAAGAGAGAAUGUUUCCAAAGUACAAUUAUGGAAAAAGGACAUUACUUUUGAAUGACUCACCUCUUCUGGUAUACUGCUUUAUGCAACAAAUAAAAUUUUAUCUCUGAGAAUGAA